AGGGAAAGUAACAUAAUCUAAGAAGGAUAUGGUACAGAGCAUCAGGAUGAAGAAAUCUGAAUGGGCAUACAGUAUAUAUUUUACAAUCAUGUAUCUAUUGGUUCAGACACUUGCUGACAAGGAGAAGCGGCAAAUUUUUAGAGAACAAGUACUGCCUGCAUUGGGAGGCAAAAUUCCUGAAGAGGCAUUCAAAACCGAAAGAUUAGCUCUUAAUCGUCUCAAUAAAGAGGGCAUCACAAUUGAAGAUCGUCAUCCCCGUGUAAAACAUCAUCAUCAAAAGCAUUCCUCCUCAAAAGAUAUUCUCAAGGUUUAUGUCACACAGGACAAUAAUUAUAAGCAAGUUGAUACAACGUACAUAAUACGAAAACCAAUUGAACACGGAAAUAAUCAACAAACGAACAGUCAUUUGAAUUAUAAAUUUAAUGUUUUUAAUAAUAAGCCACAAAUUUAUUCGAGUCAUCAGGAGCACAAUUUGCAAUUAUUAAUGAAAUCUAAAAUACAUGAACCUAUUAUUAUUCAACCAUCAGUUCAUCCUGCGACAAAUAAUAAUUAUUAUCAGAAAUCUUACUAUCCAUCUUUGACUUUUCUUUAUGACUGGGAUACAUUUUAUAAACUCUUGAAUGACUAUUACAGAAAUGUUGCUAUCAUUAAUUCACAGCAGAAGCGACAAGCGGAAUAUUAUAAUGACUAUACGGAUUAUCAAGAGUUCCAACAACCAAUAAUAGAAGAGGAACGGCCAACAAUUUUAUUGAAAAAAAAACAGGAGAAACAAGAUUUUAGUAAAAUUCCUGGUGAACCAUGGGUGGAUUAUCCAAUUUUUCACGUGGUACCACAGACUAAAUUUUCAUGCUCACACGUACCCGCCUUGCCAGGAAUGUAUGCGAAUGUCGAAACUGGCUGUCAGGCCUACCAUGUGUGUCACGAUGGUCGAGAAGGUGAUCAAGGAGCAACUUUUCUUUGCGCCAAUGGGACAAUAUUUAAUCAACAAGAAUUUAAUUGCGAUUGGUGGUACAAUGUAAAUUGUGGCGAAGCACCAAGAUUUUACGACUACAAUCUCGAUCCAGAAAAAAAUCCCUAUGUACCACAAGCUCACAAGGAAGCAAUUCGCCGUGAAAAACUCAAAAUUGUUGUUGUAUAGGACCAAAAGGAUUCAUUGACGUACGUUUUUUUUUAAAAAAGAACAUGUGAAUAUAAAGUGCGUUUAUAUUUAUCCAAAGAUCGUGAGUGAAAUUAUUUUAUAAAAAAAAAGUGAAUAUUUUUAUAUUUAUUUUUCUACUGUAUACAAAGUUAUUAUAAUAUAUAAUUUUAAAAAAAUAUAUAAAAAAUAUAUUCUUAAAAAUUAUAUUAUAUUAUAAAAAAUAUAUAAUUUUUAUUCUGUAAUAAAUAAAAUUGAUAUAUAAAAUUAAAAAA